CACCACUCUCGAUUCUCAGUUCGCUAUCAUUUUUAUAUAACAUCUAUCCUACUUCCUCAGAACAAAAAUCCACUUUAUCAAACCAAAAAUCCACUUCAUCGAACCAAAAAUCCACUUCUUCAAAACAAAAAUCCACUUCAAAACAAAAAUCCACUUCAUCAAAACAAAAAUUUGCCUCAUCAAAACAAAAACCCAUUUCAUCAGAACAAAAAUCCAUUUCAUCAGAACAAAAAUCUACUUUGUCAGAAAAACCUAUCCUAUCAGAACAAAAAUCCGUCUCCUCUUUCAUUUCCAAGAAUUUUUUCAGGGUCAAUUCUACCUCUGUAAAGUCACGCAAAAUAUUUAAUAAUUAUGUCGCUUUUGGUGAUUCCUUCUCUGAUAACGGAAAUAGUUACAAAUUGACAAAUAAAGUAUGGCCAAAUGAUGUAAACUAUAAAGGCCAUUUUAGUAAUGGUAAAGUUUGGACUGAAUAUCUUGCUGAACUACUCAAUAUUAAGUUGACAAAUUACGCUUAUGGUGGCGCUACCUCAAAUAGCGAGUUUAUUCAAGGAUGCACGGGUCCUAAAGCUGAGUUCCAUGUAUACGGAAUUAAGCAACAAAUUGAAAUGUUUAUUGCUGCUAAUACUAUAUCAAAUAAAUCCAAAAAAGCAAAGAAAAAAGCAAAGAAAAUUAAAGAUUUUAGUAGAACUUUGUUUUCGGUAUGGGACACGGGAAAUGACUAUUUCUUUUCCGAAAUGUCUGCAUCACCACUUGAAGUAGUACAAUCUUUAAUCGACGCUCUCCAUCUUCUUGUAAAAUCUUUUCCAACCAUUAACACUAUCCUAAUACCUAAUAUCCAUGAUCUGUCUCGAAUUCCUGCUUAUAAAACAAGCAAUAUAGAAGAAAAGACAAGAAUAUCUAAACUUAUCGAAUCUCAUAAUAAAUAUUUACUUGAACAUUUAGUAAAAUUUAACAGAGAAACUGGUGUGAAAAUAAUAUAUUUAAAAAUUGAUAAAUUUUUUAAAGAAUUACAAACUAAAGAUGGUAUGAACUGUUUUGGAAUUACGAAUUGUGUGGAUGCAGCCGUUAAUUUAUAUAAUAAUUCUGAUGAAAUAGUAAUUGAUUUAAAUAUUGAUCAAGAAAACAAAGACACUUUCUUUUUUUGGGAUGAUUACCAUGCAACAACAUUAGUUCACGAUGCUUUAGCAAAUCUUUCCUUUGAAAUUUUAGAAAAUUUAAAUUCCCCAUUUUCGAUACGUAAAAGAAAUAGUUUUGCUACAAAAACUUUCGUAUUAACUUUGGGUGAUUAUAUGCAGUAA